CUUACUUGUCAUAGAAACAUGAGGCUCACAGAACACUCGCAGUUCACCCCUCCUCCCUCUCUCUCUCUCUCUCUCUCUCUCUCGCUCUCAGAGAUGCAGCUCCUUCAAGCUCCGUCUUCUCCACAUCUCACAUUUCAGAACCCAAAAUCGCAAUUCAAAGAAGGUGUACUUCUUCCGUCGGAGAAGAUUUUUCACCUCUCCACUAUAACAAGAAGUUUUGUUAAAUCUCCGAAACAUGUAAAGCAUAUUUGGGCAUCCCGUAACAGGCCAUUCUUGAGCUCCAUUUCAGCCAGAGCUGCUUCUGUUGAAGCUGGUGCUUCUGAAGUUCCAACUGAGGCAGCUGCAGCUGAUGUAUUGAAAGCCUUGUCUCAAAUUAUUGAUCCUGACUUUGGGACAGACAUUGUCUCAUGUGGGUUUGUGAAGGAUCUGCACAUCCAUGAAGCUUCAGGAGAGGUUUCAUUUCGGUUAGAGCUCACUACACCAGCAUGUCCAAUCAAGGACAUGUUUGAGCAGAGAGCAAAUGAGGUGGUGGCAGCACUUCCUUGGGUUAGAACAGUCAACGUGAUAAUGUCAGCCCAACCAGCCCGCCCUGUUUUUGCUGGAGACCUUCCACUAGGACUACAGACAAUUUCUAAUAUUGUAGCAGUAUCAAGUUGCAAGGGAGGUGUGGGUAAAUCAACUGUAGCUGUAAAUCUAGCUUACACUUUGGCUGGUAUGGGUGCUAGAGUUGGUAUCUUUGACGCCGAUGUUUAUGGUCCUAGCUUACCAACAAUGGUCUCCCCUGAAAACAGGCUGCUUGAAAUGAAUGCAGAGAAGAGAACCAUUAUUCCAACAGAAUAUUUGGGAGUCAAGUUGGUAUCAUUUGGAUUUGCUGGGCAAGGUCGUGCAAUAAUGCGGGGACCAAUGGUUUCUGGUGUUAUCAACCAAUUACUGACUACAACUGAGUGGGGAGAGCUGGAUUACCUUGUGAUUGAUAUGCCCCCUGGAACUGGUGACAUUCAACUUACCUUGUGCCAGGUUGUGCCAUUAACUGCUGCUGUUAUUGUCACCACACCACAGAAGCUUGCAUUCAUUGACGUUGCAAAAGGAGUUCGCAUGUUUUCAAAGCUUAAGGUUCCAUGUGUUGCUGUAGUUGAGAAUAUGUGCCAUUUUGACGCUGAUGGAAAACGGUAUUAUCCAUUUGGUAGAGGUUCAGGUUCCCAGGUUGUUCAGCAGUUUGGAAUCCCCCAUUUGUUUGACCUUCCGAUCAGACCAACUCUAUCGGCUUCUGGAGAUAGUGGGAUGCCUGAAGUGGUAGAUGAUCCUCGAGGUGAAAUUGCCAAAACGUUCCAAGACCUUGGAGUUUGUGUUGUACAACAGUGUGCCAAGAUUCGUCAGCAAGUUUCAACUGCAGUCACCUAUGACAAGUCUAUUAAGGCAAUCAGGGUCAAGGUGCCUGAUUCAGAUGAAGAGUUCCUUCUGCAUCCUGCAACAGUGAGACGAAAUGAUCGUUCAGCCCAAAGUGUGGAUGAAUGGACCGGAGAGCAGAAACUUCAAUACACCGAUGUUCCAGAAGAUAUUGAACCCGAAGAAAUUCGUCCAAUGGGAAACUAUGCCGUAUCGAUAACAUGGCCAGAUGGGUUUAGCCAGAUCGCCCCUUAUGAUCAGCUGCAGACAAUCGAGCGCCUAGUCGAUGUUCCUCAACCAACUCCUGCACAGGCAUAGCUUCAACUGGGAACCACAUGGAGUUUUUUUGACUGGAAGAUUUGAUAAUUCUUCAGGUGCAGCAGUAAUGUAGGCUUUUGGAAGUUUUUCAUUUUAUUUUAUUUUAUUUUAUUUGACUGUUGAAUUUCCGGAAUUAUGACGUGUCACAGUUCAUUUGUUAAUUAACAAAAAGAAAAAAUAAUUAAAAAAAUCCACUGGGUAUUAAUUCUAAUGCAUCUAUGUAUAAGCAGUCAAAUCACAGGACAAUAGUUUCAAACUUCCACCUGCUUAUUUUCUUAAAUUUUGACUAAUUGAAGAGCGAUCUUUUGACUAGAUUGUAAAAGCAUAAAGCCCAUCAAAGCG